UGAAUCAAGUUCCAAGCAAAUAGCCUACGUUUUUGCUAAUUACCUCGAAAGAAACACAGCGAAAAGGAUCCGGCAUCAUCCUAUCCACACAACUUCGGAGGCAGAAGUGUGGGUCUUUUUUGGCCAGAGGGAGAUGACUCAGGGACCACUUAAUGAUAACGAGAGAACGUGGGUGGCGUUCUUGGACUCUCGAGGCUUUUUCAUGUUGGGUAAUUUGCUCUAUCGAAAGUCCCCACUGCCUACAAGAUUAAACAAAACCCAAGGGGAAAAUUAUUGCUCUUUCUUUCUGGAUUCCUGUUUUGGUCGUCUCCGUGGAGGAAAUCUCGGGGUGUACUUUUUGAUUAAGUUGUUGGCUGCCUUUCUGCAACACUAUAUUCCUGAAGUCUAAAAGGUAAGGUAUGUGCAGAAUCUGAAAGAUUUUCUCGGCUUUUCUUCUCCGAUUUUCCGGCAUUUUCUCCACAAUUCCAGCUCUGGGGUGUUCCAAAAAACUUCAAUUCGGAAGAUUGAUCAGAAAAUUUCUUCUUCUUGCGUUUUGCCUGCGAGUGGGUAGUUAAGCUUGCGGCGUAGUGCAGUAUUUAUUUCUGUUCGCGUUCUCGGUGCCACUGCCAGAGGUUCGUACAGGAAACGAGUUAUUGGCGCGUGAACCUGAUGAAUUUUCCGGCGAUUCUUGUCACGCGCUUUAUUUCAUUUCCGUAUUUACACUGAUGGGUUGCGUUUAUUCGAGGGUUUGUAUCGGCGAGCCUUCUUCUUCUACUCCAAAAACUGCGAGAACAACCGGAACACAAUAUGCGAAACCUGGCGCUGAAAUCGACACGAUCUCUUCUUCGUCUUCCGAUAGCCAAGAAGCCGAAGUCGGUGACCGGCUGAAUCAAUUGAGCUCAAACAACAGAGAUUCAGAAGUCGGAAUCACGAGGCUCUCGAGAGUUUCGUCGCAGUUCUUGCCCGCCGAUGGGUCCCGAAUCGUCAAGGUUCCUUCUGGAAACUUUGAAUUGCAGUAUUCGUUUCUUUCGCAAAGAGGGUAUUACCCCGAUGCCCUCGAUAAGGCGAACCAAGACAGUUUUUGCAUCCACACCCCAUUUGGGAAUAGCCCAGAUGACCAUUUCUUUGGGGUUUUCGAUGGGCAUGGGGAAUUUGGAACACAGUGCUCGCAGUUCGUAAAACGGAAGCUAUGUGAAAAUUUACUUAGGAAUAGUAGGUUCCACAGUGACGCAGUUGAGGCAUGCCAUGCAGCGUUUCUGACCACUAAUUCACAGUUACACGCAGAUAUCUUGGAUGAUAGCAUGAGCGGUACUACUGCCAUUACUGUUUUAGUUAGAGGUAGGACUAUAUAUGUAGCUAAUUCAGGUGAUUCGAGAGCGGUUCUAGCAGAGCGGAGAGGGAAGGAAGUUGUAGCGGUCGACCUCUCGAUCGAUCAAACUCCAUUCCGAACCGAUGAAGUUGAACGUGUUAAGCUUUGUGGUGCUAGAGUUCUUACACUUGAUCAGAUCGAGGGGCUGAAAAACCCGGAUGUUCAGUGCUGGGACACUGAAGAAGGAGAUGAUGGUGAUCCUCCAAGGCUGUGGGUGCCUAAUGGGAUGUACCCUGGCACAGCUUUCACCAGAAGUAUAGGUGACUCAAUUGCUGAGACUAUCGGAGUUGUCGCUACGCCUGAAAUUGUUGUUCUGGAGCUGACACCGGAUCAUCCUUUCUUUGUUGUUGCUAGUGAUGGAGUAUUUGAGUUUCUUUCGAGCCAGAUGGUUGUUGAUAUGGUUUCCAAGUAUAAAGAUCCCCGCGAUGCUUGUGCUGCAAUUGUGGCUGAGUCUUACAGACUUUGGCUUCAGUUUGAAACACGAACAGAUGAUAUCACUGUUAUUGUGGUGCAUAUUAAUGGGCUAACUGAUAUGGUUAAUAGUGAAUCAACAAGAUCCAGCAGUGGUGGUUUUACUCGAUCUCCAAUUCCUCAAGUCGUGGAAGUUACAGGAUCAGAAUCUCCCUCUACCUUUGGCUGGAACAGGAAUCACCGUGUGAGGCAAGAUUUGUCAAGGGCACGUCUCCGGGCUAUUGAAAGUUCCCUAGAGAAUGGGCAAGUCUGGGUGGCUCCAUCUCCAGCCCACAGGAAGACUUGGGAAGAAGAAGCACAUAUUGAACGGGCAUUGCACGACCAUUUCCUCUUCAGAAAACUAACUGAUUCUCAGUGCCAAGUUUUAUUAGAUUGCAUGCAAAGAGUUGAGGUCCUACCGGGACAAAUUGUAGUCGAACAAGGUGGUGAAGGUGACUGUUUUUAUGUUGUUGGCAGUGGAGAAUUUGAGGUUUUGACAACCCAGGAAGAAAACAAUUUGGAGGUCCCCCGGGUUCUGCAUCACUAUACAGCUGAGAAGCUAUCUUCCUUCGGGGAAUUGGCUUUGAUGUAUAACAAACCACUUCAAGCCUCGGUACGUGCUGUGACGAGUGGGACACUCUGGGCUUUGAAAAGAGAGGAUUUUCGUGGAAUUCUUAUAUCAGAAUUUUCUAAUUUGUCAUCUUUGAAAUUGCUUCGAUCUGUGGACCUUCUGUCGAAGUUAACAAUCUUGCAAUUGAGUCACAUUGCAGAUUGCCUUUCUGAAGUUACGUUCUCAGAUGGGCAGCUUAUAGUUGAUGGGACCGAAGACUUAUGUGCAUUGCRCAUUGUUCAAAAGGGACAAGUGAGGAUUACUUUUGAUGCUGAGAUAAUGAGCAGUUCAAACGUUUACAGCUUCAAUUAUGCCACUAAAAAAGAGGAUGAUUCUGCACAGAGUGGUAAAGAGAUCUCAGUUAUUAAGAAAGAGGGGAGUUAUUUUGGCGAAUGGGCACUUCUUGGUGACCGUAUUGGCUUCUUACGAGCAGUUGCUUUGGGAGAUGCUGUGUGCGCUAUUCUAACAAAGGAAAAGUUUGAGUCAGUUGUUGGCCCUUUACCAAAGCCCUCUCAAGAUAAUCAAAGGGCAAAGGAACAUUCUUCAGACAAUCUCCAUCACUCUGCCAAAAUUAUGGAUAUUUCAGCUCUUUCAAAAGUUGAGCUCACUGAUCUGGAGUGGAUAACUUGUUUAUAUUCCACAGAAUACAGCGAGAUUGGGCUAGUUCGGUUAAGGAACACAGAAACUAUGCUUAGUUUAAAAAGGUUUACCAGACAGAAGGUCAAAAGGCUGGGACUAGAAGCACAAGUUUUGAAGGAGAAAAACCUUAUGAAGAGCAUCAGUCCUUCAGCUUGCAUGCCGCAAUUUCUCUGCACUUGUUUAGAUCGAUCACAUGCUGGCAUAUUGCUAAAAACGUGCCUUGCUUGUCCUUUGUCUUCGAUACUUCAUGUCCCGCUCGAUGAAUCUUCGGCACGUUUCUGUGCAGCCUCACUUGUCACAGCAUUGGAAGAUUUGCACAAGCUUGGUGUUCUCUACAGAGGAAUCUCCCCUGAUGUUCUAAUGUUGGAUCAAACUGGACGCAUACAGUUAAUAGACUUCAGAUUUGGGAAGAAAACAUCCGGCGAGAGAACGAAUACUAUUUGCGGGACUGCAGACUUUUUAGCACCCGAGAUAGUUCAGGGCAAUGGUCAUGGUUUCACUGCUGACUGGUGGGCACUGGGAGUCUUAAUCUAUUUCAUGCUGAAAGGUGAAAUGCCAUUCGGAUCAUGGAGACAAAGCGAGCUCGAUACUUUUUCAAAGAUUGCAAAAGGACAACUAAGUCUUCCCCAGAUUUUCAGUCCUGAAGCCAUUGAUCUCAUUGUCAAGUUACUUGAAGUUGAUGAGAAGAAAAGGCUUGGAAGCGAGAAUCCGAACUCUGUAAGAAGACAUCCAUGGUUUAAUGGUGUUGAUUGGAAGGGGAUCCAUGAUGGUACCUUUCCCGUUCCUGAUGCAAUCACUUCUCGUGUGGCUCAAUAUUUGGAGAGCUACGCUGAAGAUUGCAGCGUUUCUUUAGUUAAACCGCCUCAAGAUCCCGAAGAACAGGACGCCACCGAUUGGAUCAACGACUGGUAGAAGCACAACACUGAAAAACUCUUGUGCAGGCUUUUUCCUGGUGCAGUCUGUCUUCUGCCGAUCGAAAAGGGCCGACAUAAUACCAGUAAGUUGCAGCAUAUCAAGUUCAUGGAAAGAUUAGGUUGGUGAAUUGAUCUUAUUUUUCCCAUUUUUUGUUUGUUAAAAUUUGAUUCCUUGUGAAUACAGAAUAGGUAUAUAUAUAUAUAUGUAAAUGAAGGAGAGUUCAUUUUUUCUCUACAGUCAAAUGAUUACUUGUGGAGACUUGUGUUACAGGCUGACUCUGCUGAUAAUAAUUCCUUCUUAUUCUUCAUCCA